UGAAGAUCCUGGAAGAGAAGCUGGGAGGAAAAGGUGAAUCCGGAAGCAAUUUUACUUUCCUGCAGUGUAAACUCCUGGCAACAUCUGCCCUGAACUUCAGCUGAACUCUUGCUGCCUGGGGUCACGCUACUGCCUCGCUAGACAAACAUAUCGGGAGUUUCUGUCUUCCUUCAUCCCUUGCUGAUGUGAACAGCCAAGAACUACAGACACAACCCACUCAUUAUCAGCAUUUCUGUCUCUGUCAAACAGUUAGUUUACAGAUAGUCAUAAUCUUUCUUCCUUCCGGAUGGUUUCUCCUUGUGUACUGAACAAAGGAAAAAUGUAGAGCCUGAAAGGUGUGAUUUUUCAGUUCUCCUCUCAGUUACCGAAUCACCCUCUGAUUUUUUUCUCUAAGGCCCCGUUCGUUAUCUUUCCCUCCCCCUUCCUCUCCAGACUCCCAGAUACCCAGGGUUAAGUUACAGCCUAAUGGAAUAAGCUAGCACGAACCUAGAAAAGCCAAAGUCUGAAACUAAAUUUUUGCCCUCACCUGCAGGGCUCUGGUAGACCUAGAUGGUAGCAGGAGCUGUGGACUAAUUUUGUCUGGCCUUCAUGGUUUCCUGGUUUCUAUGGCAUUAAGCCAAGCUGCAAAAAUAUUUUUUAGGAGAAUUCCUUCUUUUUAUACUCAUUUAAAUCUAAACAUUUUACCAUUAUCGAAUUUAAAACUGUUAGUUACACUAUGUCUGGGAGCCACACUGCUACUUUGGUUGGGGGCUAAGUAGAAGAUGAUCGAAGCUGAGUGGUGGCAUUGAGAAGUUUAUUUUUAAACAUGGCUAGUUGUCAGUAGUGGUUAAAAGACAGGGCGGCUAAGCAGAAGGUCAGCGGUUCGAAUCCACCAGGCGCUUCUUGGAAACCCUGUGGGGCAGUUCUACUCUGUCCUCUAGGAUGGCUAUGAGUUGGAAUUGACUCGAUGGCAACAAGUUUAGUUUUGUUUUAGUUGUCAGUAUGUAUGUUACCCAGUAUUUUUAUGAGUGAAAAGUUUUUAAAAGCACAUUUUUGUAUACUGCUUUGUAUCUGCUUUUUAUAUCACAUAAUUAUAUAACAACUAAUGUAGGCAUUAGAAAUGUUGAGCUUUAGGUGAGUUAAGUGUACUAGAAAUAAACCUAGCGUAAUUUUUACAUAAGCAAAGUAAAGGAGAUUUUGUAUUUCCUCACCUUAAUUUAUUCAUUUUUUUCUACUGCAGGCCAAAUUUCAGUCUAAAGCAAAGCAUCAACAGAUCAUGUAAUUAGUAAAAUAUUUUCCCCCAUGAUUUUUGAAAUAAUAAUAAACAUGUAACUUUUACGAACAACUUUAAGUUACACACAUUACUUGGUUCUUUCAAAAGACUCUUUCGUUUGUACUUUGUUCAUUUUGUGCCUAAGAAGGUUUAUGAAGGUCGGCUGGCUGCCUUACCUUUCAAGGGACACAAACGGCGAGCCGGGUCCCGUGCUGUUGGGAUUUCACUUGGCGGUGGGCUGCAUUCAACAGAGAGAGGAAGAAGAGGAAAAGCUGAGGAGAUGUCAGGCAAGCUUUUGUUUCAGCGUAAAGUUGGUAAGGCAAGUUUUGAGAGUGAAACAAGGUGAUUUGAAACCACUGCUCUUGCUUUGAUCUGGAGCGUUUACCCACGCAUGCAUACAACAGUUUUGUUUUAAAACAUGCCUAUGUAUUUUCUUAACGAACAGAACCGUUGUCAAAACCCAUUUUCAUGGCUUGCACUAAACUGCUUUUUCUUCCUUAGGAAUAAAUUACAUUUACCUGCACAGAUGUUGAAAAUCGCGUUAAACCCCAGUCAAGGAUUUGUUUGUUUUACAUUCAACAAAUUUAUGAUGAGGGUGCACAAAUAAUUUUAAAACAAACAAACAAACAAACAAAAAAGGUGCUUGCAUUAUGUAUUUAUUCUUCUGCUGGGUGCCCUGACAUAAUGUGCUGUAGAAGGUGCUGGUGUUUUCCUGCCCAGGCACCACCUUGUAUUCAUGAAUGCAGCUUUACGAUGUGGCCCUUACACAUGAGGAAGAAACCAGAAAACUGUACACACUGUGAUAACAUUACAGCCUAUUCAGAGUUCAGCUGUUUUCUACACAAAAACUAAUGUGAUUAUUGUAUCUGCUACUUUCGAAUUGGAGGGUGUGGAAGAAGAAAGUAAUGUUCCCCGACUGGAAGCUUCGACAGUCCUUGUUCUUUUUCUUAUGUAUUAAAAAUGCUUAUGUGCGUGCUUGUUCUUUGUUUUUUUGCUUUAGACAAUACACACAUCAGCCCUCGAAAAUAAACCUUUUUUUUUUUCUUUUAUUGCUGUUGUCAUUAGAACGUUAACGUUAGAGCCAAAUCUUGUUUUACGGAGCAUCCUGCAAACUGUGCUAACGAAUUAUGUCAAGCCAGAAAGCAGGAGUGUGUAUAAAACAAAAGUAAAUGGUGUUCUCUCUGGCAUAUAUAGACUUGCCAAGCAUCUGCUCUCACAGACUAACAGGAGACACGUUUGGAGCAUGUAGAGAGAUCAGCUCAGAGCAAAACUGAUCCAGGACGGAUGAUACUUAAGUUGACUUCAUAGACCCCCUUGCACUCCCAUCCCAUCCCCCAAAAACAAACAAUGAGGAUCCUUUUUUUUUGUUCAUUUGCCAUCUAGUGAGGUGCCUGUCGUGUCUCCUAAACAUGCAUAAAAUCACACAUAAACGGGAAGGCUCAGGGCUCCAAAGUAGAAAGCCUUAAGGGGAAAUAAUUUUCUUUCAACCAUAGGUGCGUGUACCUGCUCAUUAACUACAAGGUUUGAUUCCACCCUGGAAACGAAGAUAAAUUGUUGGUCUUUGGGGGGUGCAUUAACUCAUUCAAGCCGCUAGGGGAUUGUUGAGAACCUCGGGAUGAGGUAAUCUACUAAAUGUUCCCGGGUGGGCCACUAAUUAAUGCACAGCCUGAAGUGAACAGUUAAUUCUCUCGCCUCUCACUAGGGAGCUACACCCAUUGUUUCAUUUCCUCUUUGGAACCAAGAUACCUUAGCUGCCUUCUCUUUUUAACCUGCUCCCACUACAGACCUGCUGCUUCAGUUGAAUUACAUCUUUACUGCUGUGACAUGGUCCUUCCCUUUUAGGUUUUCCCCUCUCCCUUUACUAGCCUUUGUGAGUUUCCCUCUACGGGGGCGUGUAUCCUGCAUUUUCCUCACUACCCAUUGGCUCUUUUUCUCUCUAGAAAAUGAUCCUAAGAACAAAAUGCAUCCCAUAUAGGUCCUGAUCCACAUGGGGGCGGGGAAUGCAAUUGGCCUGACCUCUUUGGGGAAAAGCAUACCCCAAGCAUUCUCCACAUGGCACAGAAUUCAAGUGCAUGCAUGGCACCUGACAGAUCGUAACACUUUUAACUAAUGACAGUUUACAGGGUCACAAAUAUGGCGUAAGGUUUAUGCCUUUAGUAAACGUUUUGGCAAAAGUCUACUACUACCCGUUGCCGUCCAGUCAAUUCUGACUCGUAGCAAUCCUACAGGACACAGUUGAACUGCCCCAUAGGAUUUCCAAGGCUGUAAAUCUUUAUGGAAGCAGAUUGCCACAGCUUUCUCCCACAGAGCAGCUGGUGGUUUCAAACCUCUGACCUUUGGCUUAGCCCCCAAGCUCUUAGCCACUGUGCCACCAGGGCACCUCUUGGUAAAAGUAGCCCCUCCAGAAUGUAAACUCCUUGGGCCUGUGCGUUGUUGCUCAGCUGAUUAAAAUUAUGAAGCACAGUAGUACAAUGUCUGUGUGAUUUAGUUAGACAGUCAGCUCAGCUCGUUCAUCUUAGGGGCAGCUUGCCAUUUUCCAUGUGGUCGGAUGCGAGCAAGUUGCCUCAAAGUAUAACUCUUUUGUUACAAGGAUAGGAGGAGAAAAAUCUCCCAGUUGACACAUUCUUGAUUAGGGUUAAGGAACAAACCGGCUUAGAGAAGAAACUAAAAGGCAAACAACGAGAGCUGGCCAGCAACGUCACCAUUUACAGAAAAGUGUCUCUCUGACCCUGUCUGUAUAAAGUCAUUCUUGGGUUAAGGAAGGGUCACAUGUGACACAAAGUUUGGAUCAUCUAAAUGUAUUACUCAAAACUAAACUUUCUAUGUAUAGUAAACCUAGUCUGAACCUGGUCUGUUAAGGACAUAUCAGGACUCCAAAAAUUAAAUAAGGAAAAUGGAAUUAUGAAUUAAAUAAUAACCAGAACAGCUUAGGUUUCCCUUGUGUUUUUCACUUUCCUGCUAUUGUUUUGAAUGUGGCUGUGAGACAAAGAGCUGCCUAGGUCAAGUGCUAUAAAUUACAGUUUUCAUACAAUAGUAAUCCACUAAAAUUAUUUCAAAGCUCGAUCAAAGUACUUCAAAAACACUAUUAAAACUUUUCCACAGUACAAGGGGAGGGGAAAUGCCCAUUUGACGCCUUAAUUUGUUUCAGUGUAGCAAAGUCCGACCUUUAUGUCAUACCUACCUUAUAUAAAAUCUGUCUCUUUGGCUAAAAAAAAAUCCAACUUUUUCUUAUUAUCAUUUCCUGUAUAAGGAAAGGGGAUUUAAGUUUCUAUCGAGCUCAGCUAGAACAACAAUGCAUUCGCAGUCACUUUUAAUGUAAGGAAAAGAUACAUGUAGUAGCAUUUUAAAAUAAAGCAUAACUUGACAGUAUUUAAUUGUGAUCCUCAAGGUAUUUAUAAAGAUGAUGUAACCCCUCAUGCCUUGGAAUAAACUGGAUCUCGGUGGAUUUCUCUGGUAUUUUAGCCAUAAUCAUGGCAGCAGAUGUAUUUAGUUUUUCAUCCCUUUUCCCUCAUCGCUUGGAUUUAUCUGGAGCAAAAAAAAAAAGUUUUUUUCUUUUUUUUUUAUCUCAUGUCAUACGCAAGCAUGAUGGGAAGCACCCUAGUGAUAGCAAAGCUAAGCAAAUUCUGAGCUCAGCUAUAUAGAUAGAUAGCGCGGGGCUGCGGCAACAAUGCCAGACUCAGCUAAAGACCCCUGGCACUAUGUCAGGGUAAUUUUUAUUUUUUAAAAGGAAGGUCAUUUUGAGAUGCUGACGUGAAAUAUAACCAAGUCAAUUAAGUAAUAACAAUUGAAGUUCAGAGUUUAAUUGAGGACUGAACAUGAAGCCAAUGGCCAUUAACCUAGAUGGCCAUUAAUUCCCUGGGAAACUGCCUUGGUUAAGGGUAUUACCAGGAUACUAGCAUUUUUUUCUUAAAAAAAAAAUGUCUUGGUCGUCUUUACAUCCAGCACAGAUGCAUUUAGAAAUAAUAAUAUAGUGUGUCUUUAGCAGACUUUCUGUAUUUCUUAAAUUUCCUUGAAAUUCUUUUAGAGGGCCAAUAAAAAUGUAGGUAAUCAGAACUACCUCUUCUCUGCAGGAAACCAUAGUUUUAUUAGUAAUUUGAAAGAUGAGCACCCUUUCCUUGAUUGCCUUUAUUUGUCUUAACUGUUGGCAUAUUUGUGUCUGUACUUGUUUAAUGGCAAGAUUUCUUUGCUAGACUGUAAGCUCCAUGAGAGCAGACACUAAAUUUAUUGUGUUCUUGCUCUAUCCUCCCAGUGCCUAGCAGAGCCCUGGCACAAAUCAGGUGUUCAAUAAAUGUUGAAUGAGUAAAUGCAUUUUAAAUUUAUAUGAAGUAUGUUUUCACCCACUUUUCAUUAAAUGGCCUUAUGCAGAUAAUUGGAACUAUUAACUAUCUCAUUUUCUUCAGCUAAAAACCUGAGUAUAUUUACUAGAGUAGGAGGUAAGCAGCAUAUAUGUUGAUGUUAAUGAAAGAAUUAAUGAUUAGAAACCCUCGAAAUCUGAAAUAAACAAGAUUCAUCUUCCAGAAUCUUUUAGGAUACACACUUCAUUUUAAGGGGGAUUCCUGUAAUUUCAUUGUAUUUGCCUUAAAGUUAGCGUUGGUACAUAAUUAUUCAUCUAUGAAUUAGAACAAUUAAAAAUAUUUCUCUAUUAAAAAAAAAAGAAGAAAGGCUUAUCUUUGUAUUUCUAUUUAAAAGACAUUUUUCCCCAAAAUCAAAUCAGGGCCCCAAAUUAUGUCCCAUACUCAAAUUUUGGGAUAUUGAGUAAAGUUACUGGAUUAACUGUAAAUUCUACUUUUAAUAAUGCUGGGUUGAUGGCAGAGUGCUUCCUGGCCGGGUGAAGUUGCUCACUGGCUCCAGAGAGAACAGUUCUUUGGUCAUUUGCCAACAGGAUCUGACCUCUGGAGAGAUACUGACCGUGAACUGCUCAGUGGGCGUUUCCUUGCUAGUCAUUCAUUCAGAGUAUAUUAUCAUUUCCGUGCCAAAGCAUUUGGCAUGUUUCCUCAUAUUUUGGAAACUUGUAACACAAAAGGAACCAGAGCUUCCACAUGUCUUCUUUGCUCUUCAUGUUUCCCAGGACUAAAUUUGUUGAGGCCAUUUGGUGUGUGAUUCCUUCCUUGAGAAACUGGAGGAGACUGACACCCAGUGCAGAGAUUGCUGAGGCCAAGUUGGGUUUGGCUGCAUGUGAUAUUUCUGUCUUAUAUUUCUAAAUAUAAAAAUAUAUAUAUAUAUUUUUUGCAUGUAUUUAUUCAAGAUACAAAUAUUUCUUGAGUCCUGAAGGUGUAUUUAGGAGUCCUUGAGUGGCACAAAUCGUUACGCACUCAACUACUAACCGAGAGGUAAGUGGUUCGAACCCACACAGAGGUACCUCAGAAGAAAACCUGUCAACCUAUUUCCGAAAGGUCGCAACCUUGAAAACCCUAUGGAGCACAACUCUGCUCUGCAAUACACAGGGCCCCCAUAAUCAGAAUCAACUCAGCACUGGUUUUUGUUUUGUUUUGUUUUUAACGUGUAUUUAGAAGUAUUUGAGGUACUGUGGGGGAAUUAAAGCCCUGGUGGCACAGUGGUUACAAGCUCAGUUGCUAACCAAAAGGUGGGCAGUUUGAAUCCACCAGCUGCUCCUUCCUUGGAAACCCUAUGGGGCAGUUCUACUCUGUCCUAUAGGGUCACUAUACGUCAGAAUCAACUCAAUGGCAGUGGGUUUGGUUUUUUUGGGGGGAGGGUGGAUUUAAAAAAUAAAAGUCUCAUAAAAAGAUAAAUCACGGUCAAAAUGGAAACAACACAAAAAGAUUUCCUUUUACAAGCUGAUUUAGUGUAAUAAUUAGCAUAAAAUUUUAGAAAAGGGAAUCAGAGUAUAAUAGGGAAAAAAAGGAAACCUACAAGGCUUUAAUUAGAUGCUUUAACCCUAGAUUAAGAGCAGCAAAUAGUUGUCUAGUUGCUUAUGGUGACUGCCUUCACUGCCGUAGAGAAGGAUUCUGACGCUGAGUUUUGGCUCCGCAGGAACCAGGGUUUUGAUCAAGCGUGGACACUAGUCUUUGGAAUGGGUAGUGAUGAUGUUUUUUUCGCUCCUGCCCUAGACCCUUCGUGUUUCGUGCAAGUAUAAAUAAACUGAACAUCUGGAACAGAACAUAACCUAGUUCAUGGACCUGAGUAAUAAAAAAAAAGCAGUCAUAUUUUCCAGUAGUUCUAUAACAUCAAGUGAAAUGUCCGUCCAUGGCUAAAACCUGUUUAGUAAUUCAUAUAAGCUAAACAUG